UUUUUCUUAGCCUGUUAGCCUGUUAGCUUGGUGACGUCACGGCAGCGCUCGAGCCGAUCGGACCGCACUGAUCCCGCCCCCUGUGUGCGUGUGACGUCACGGCAGAACCCUCACGCGCCGUGCGCUUGCUUGUAAACAGAUCCUCCCACGUGACCGAGUGAGCAGCAGCGCUCGAGCGCACUCGACUCCCGCAUUGUGCUCUCUGUCCGAGGGACAAAAGGCAAGAAGGGGAGAGAAAAAAAAAAACACAAACCAACGAAGCAAAGUCUUUAAAAACAAAGUGCUCGGGAUAACAGGUGGAGAGGAGGAGAGCAGCGAGGAAGAGGACGAGGAUGAAGAGGGACAGGCUUCAGAAUCACGAGUGUGCGCGAGAUGUUUCGGUUCAUCCGCGGCUGCUUUGUAGUUCACACGGUGUUUUAAACUAGCGUGACGUCAUAACGGAGACGUUUCACCACGUCGUCAUCGAGCCGAGUCUUUAUUUUUAUUAUUAUUAUUAUUGUUAGAGUAACGGGUUUGUUUUAAAGCCGAUACUUUAGCCGUUAGCUCACCGUUAGAUGUCAUUCACAAUGGAGGAGUCUUUGGAGUGCGGCUGGGUCUCAGUGAGGCCGAACGUGUUCGAGGAAAAAGACAAGCACAAGUUCGUCUUCAUCGUGGCCUGGAACGACAUCGAGGGCAAGUUCGCGGUCACCUGCCACGACCGGACGGUGCAGAAGCGCAGCGCGGCGGCGCGGGACUCGGUGUCCGAGCUGACGGAAGGCGCGCGGCUUCAAGACAAACGUCCGGUGGCGUCGAAGAGCACGAGAGAAAAAGCCCCAGAUAAAUCCAAGCCCACGCGAAGCCCGAGCAGAACCGCCGCGCUGGCGGACAUCGAGGUUCUCGAGCCCGAGGCCCGUUUUCCGGACGACACCGAGGACCCGGACACCGGCGUCCCCAUCGGCGGUGACUCGAGCUGGGCCGGUUUGUUCUCCUUCCAUGACCUGCGCACGGCACACGGGCAGCUCUGCGCGGUCAACUCGGACCUCGAGCCGUGUCUGCCUCCGUUCCCCGAGCAGGAGCAGCAGUCGGCCGUGUGGUCGGUGCUGUUCGGCGUCCCGGAGGUCACGCGGCGGGACACGGAGGCGCUUUGCUACCAGCUACAGGUGUACCUGGGGCACGCGCUGGACACGUGCGGGUGGAAGAUCCUGUCCCAGGUGCUGUUCGCGGACGGAGACGACACGGAAGAGUACUACGAGAGUCUGAGUGAGCUGCGGCAAAAGGGCUACGAGGACGCGCUGCAGAGACAAAAAAAGCGUCUGCACGAGUUGUUGGAGAAGCAGCGAGGUAUGGAGCGCAUGGUGGAGCUGCUGCAGUUGUACUCGGAGCAGGACGAGGCGUACGGCGAUCUGGUGGAGGCCACCACCGAACUCUACCACUACCUGCUGCAGCCCUUCAGAGACAUGCGAGAGCUCGCCAUGCUGCGCCGACAGCAAAUAAAGAUCUCUCUGGAGACGGAUUAUCUGGGUCCGCGUCGAAUCGAGGCGCUCAGGAGGGAGGAUGAGGAUUGGCAGAGGAAGGCUCACACCGCAGUGCUGUCUAUCCAGGACCUCACUGUGAAGUACUUUGAGACCACAGCACGGGCACAGAAAGUGAUGUACGAGCGCAUGCGAGCCGACGAGAGGAAGUUCGGGAAGGCGGCGUGGGGCGCGGCGGUGGAGCGCAUGGAGAAGCUCCAGUAUUCUGUUUCCAAGGAGACGCUGCAACUAAUGCGUGCCAAGGAGAUCUGUCUGGAACAGAGGAAACACGGGCUGAGAGAGGAGAUGCAGGGGCUCCAGGACGGCGAGGACGCGAUGGCGCGUCUGGAUCACUUAGAAGCGUUAUACUACGAGUUGCAACUGCAGCUCUACGAGAUCCAGUUCGAGAUCCUGAAGUACGAGGAGUUGUUGCUGACCGCGCAGCUGCAAAGCCUGCGCAGACAGAUGUCUGAGAGGCAGGACGAGGUGGUUUACUACGACACUUACGAAAGUCCUGACGCCCUGCAGGCCACCGAUGAGGUGUCUCUCGCUCCUGCACCUCUGAGAGACGAAGUCACCCAGCUGCAGCAAAGGACACGGCAGCUGGAGGCUAGGAGGGGACGCAUCACUGCCAAGAAAGCCUACCUCAAAACCAAAAAGGAAAUCUGCAUCGUCAAUCACACCCAGAAACUGCAGCACCGCCAGGGCGGCCAGGACCGCGACUCCCAGCAUGCUUUGCAACAGCAGGAUGAAGAGGAAGACGAAGUGAGGAACACACGAGUCAGCCAAGAGAGACAGAAGACAUUGGACAGGCUGCGCAGCUUUAAACAGCGCUACCCCGGUCAGGUCACCCUGAAGUCCGCCCGGCUCCGGCAAGCACACGCUAGAAAGAAAAACGGCGCUGCGCAAAUAACUACGAAAGCGAGUCAGCCCCAGACGCAGGUGGCGAGCGUGCAGACGGACGACGCCCCGGCUUCUCUGAAAGACUCCACCGUCGUCCCGGGGCUCCAGAGACCCGAAGGAUUCAUGUCUUUACCCUCGAACAUCCCGCCCAUUCCAGAAACGCUCGGGCCGUCGUCCCUGCCCACGCUCACAGAGCGCAACGUUCUGGACUCAUCCACAUCUCCGAUCUCUCCCCCUCCUCCACCUCCUCCUCCUCCACCUCCUCUUCCUUCUCUGGAGGACACGUCCACACCGGGACAGGGACAAGAGGGCAGCCCCGUGUCCCAACCCAAAGCGGAAAGUCCUCUCGGCCCGUUCACCGCUCGCUUCUUUGACAGCAGUCAGCUAGUGAACGCGCGCAAAAAGCUGAGAAAGACGUCUUCUCUGGAGUCUUCACAGUGGAGGAGAGCGUCCUCUCCUAUGGACGAAGUCCUGGCCAGCCUGAAGCGUGGGAGCUUCCACCUGCGCAAGGCGGAACUGCGCGUUCUCGCUCCAGACCCAGACCAGGACGACGGGAACAACAUCCUGGCUCAGAUCCGACGCGGCGUGAAGUUAAGGAAGGUGCGACGUCACGAGCAGCAGCGCUGUCCAGAAUCCAGUGACCCGCUCACGCGAAGCAUCCACGAAGCCCUGCGUCGCAUCAAAGAGGCUUCACCCGAGUCCGAGUCUGAGGACGAGGGGCUGCCGUGCACCGACUGGGAAAGCUAGAUCACUCAGUACACACACACACACACACACAUUCAUUUUCAAUCCUACACACACACCUUAGUGCACACACAUUACUGACCAGUGAAAUCUCAACGCAGCACUGCUCGGGCUCAUCGAGGCUGUCAAGUUUAUUAAGAAAAAGCAUUAAAUAUGUUGUUUUGUAGCCGUGAGACCAGGACGUGGGCCUUGGUACAAACUGCUGUCAGGCUCAGACCACUGACCCACUCACACACACACACACACACACACACACACACACGGCUUAAAAAGCACAACCUUCAUAUGUUCCGUCUCGUCUCUCUUUCUGUGCCUGUUUCUCUCUCUCUCUCUCUCUCUCUCUCUCUCUCUCUCUCUCUCUCUUUCUCUCGCUCGCACAGUUUCCCUCGGCUUCUGGUUUCAUCCAGCCGUCGGUUCUAGCCGCUGUUUAUAUUUGGUUUUUUUUUUGUUUUUGCUUUUUGUUUUUAUCUAUUUUUUCGGCACCAGAAGACGAUACCACACAUCAAACGAACAAAUUAAUUUACAAUUCAUUUAUCGAUUCAGAAACGAAACACAAUCAUUCCCGACAGUCGCUCCAGUGCGGUCCGGCGAUUAAAAUUCCUGACGUUUAUAUUCCCGAAGCGAGCCGUGUAACCUCAGCGUCUCUGAAACCCGUGUUUAAGGUUCUUACGUGGUUCUUUUUUCUCUCCUUUCCAUUUCGGACCAUGUUGCAUUCCCCAAGCUUUGCUUUUCUCUGCAUGGUUAAGAUGGAAAGCUGCAUUAAAUUUUUUUUUUGGUAUAUUUUUUUUUCUCCUUUUCUCCAGCUUUUUGCUUGGUCACAGUUGGAGAAACCCACCGUGUGUGUAGUGAUGCACUGAUGCCACCUACAGCCAACAUCUUUUAUCUACAGUUCACACCUCACAAGUGCCGCUUUUUUUUUUUUACCUUGAUUUGUUUUGUGUGUGUUUCUUUACUCAUAUGAAGUAUUUACUUUUAGAUCUCUGUAGACUAUUUUUUUUUUUUAUCUAUUCAUACUUAUUCACCAAGUUCAUGUCACUUAUUGCCCAAGUCCAUAAUGUUUGUGCGAGUGUGUGUGUGUCUGUGUGUGUGUGUGUUUUUAUACAUUAAUUAUAGAAGUUGCACAAGCACAGUACAUCAAUGAGUACAUGAGUAGUUUUUUUGUAGUUAUUAUCCACUUUCUUUUUUCAUUCUUUCUUUUCUUUUCUUUUCUUUUCUUUUUUAAUUGCGAUGUGGGGGGGGGGGGUUUCUGAUCAACCUAUUUAAUUCAGAAGGAACGGAUCAGGAUUGGUUUUGCGCAGCCAAUGACACGAAGAAGAGACUAGAGGUAACUUCUUUCACUAGCUACAGAAGUUCUCCAAAAAGUUUAAAGCAGCAGCUUGUCAUUUUUACAGCCCUCUGCUGCCUGCUAGCGGAAUUACAAUCGCAGGGAAAAAAAACUGACAAGCUUUCAUCUACUUUACAACAAGCCCCGCCCCCUGUUUCAUGAGUUUUCCUUUCUUUCUUUUUUUCCUUCUUUCUUUCUUUCUUUCUUUCUUUCUUUCUUAUUAUUUUUAUUUCUUGGUAAGUGCAGGAACUCAUUUCCAGGCCAGAAAAACUGAAGCUUGACCAAAGACGCUAACAAGAGCCAAUCUUUUUUCUCUGAUCGAUAUCAGAUAACAUGCCGAAACGAAUCAAUACACGAGGCUGAUUUACUUGUUCCUUGCAAAUUAUUCCGUAUAAACCGUGUCUUAUGCGUUGCAAACAUAUCACACGGAGUAGCUAGCAAAUAUCCGUCGUAGCUAGCUAGCGUAUAUCGGACCAACUUUUUAUAAACGACGUGUUUAUCGACGAAACGUAUCAGAACUUUCCGAAGAGCCGUCGUAGCUGUUAACGCCUCGGUUGCACUGACCAUAAGUAAUUUUGGUCCUGGUGCGAUCACGUUACGUCAGAAUUCUGGAAACGAUCUUCAUGAAACAAGGUUCCUUUAAGUCAUUAGUUAACCUGAACAAAUCGUGUACCUCAGCGUUAACAAACCUCAUAUAAUGUUGUAUAACUAAUCUAACUAACUCUUGAUUUAAAAAAACAUCCACCCGGGUUAAUUAACGUACAUCAUCAGCAAACCCACAGCUUUUUUUUUAUUAGCAGUAAAUUACUGACAAAACACUUUUCAGUUAACGUAAGUGUUAACUUCUCUUGUUCUCAAUACGAUUAGCUUAUUAAGCCUCAGUUUAUCAUGUAUUAAUGUUAAUUAACACGCUGGAUAAUGCAAAGUAAGGGAAUCUAAACAGUGUUACCCUCUAACCAAUGUCCAGUAACCUUAGAACCUUGAAAAUUGAUAUCAAGUGUGGAUUUAACUGACUUAAGCCAGUUAGCGUUACUGCUAUAGAAUUACGGCGAAUUAUCCGUGUACACUCUGGCUCCUAGUUUGUCGCUCGUGAGUGAACGUAUAGAACGUAUAGAUCUGGGUAAAUAUGAAAGAAAUCCUUGUGAAUAUUGUUAAGUUUAAGUCACAUGCUAAGUUUCACCGACCGAAGAUUUGCAAUACGAGCUAGCUGUGCGUUAGCGAUCUCCACGUCAUACGUGUAGAAAGUGAAAGUGACGUGACAUACAGUAAGUACGGUGACCCGUACUCAGAAUUUGUUCUCUGCGUUUAACCCGUCCAAAGUGCACACACACAGCAGUGAACACACACACACCGUGAACACACACCCGGAGCAGUGGGCAGCCAUUUAUGCUGCGGCGCCCGGGGAGCAGUUGGGGGGUUCGGUGCGUUGCUCAAGGGCACCUCAGUCGUGGCCGGCCCGAGACUCGAACCCACAACCUUAGGGUUAGGAGUCAAACGCUCUAACCCUCUAAUUAGGCCACGACUUAUGUUACCAUGUAGCUUUGUCACUCAGAAAUCGGGUCUCGGUGUUAGAAAUGAGCCACAUUAGCAGCACACUCGACGGCUUGCUCACGUGAACACAGGGUCGCUGUGAGCUACCGGAAUUCUGACAUAACACAAACGCACUAUAAUCCCUAAAACCUUUCAGCCAGUUCCUGCAGAUUUGUUUUCACCAAACCUUUCUGUCAGUUUCGCUAAUUAAAGUCCCGCCAGUUUUAACACCUCAGCUUUUCCGUGGCAAUUCCGAGUUUACGAGCGGAGAUUUUAUCCAGCUGCCUGUUACGGUGCUGCCUACCGAACACCACGUGCAAUCAGCCAGCUAGUGCUGUGUUCUCGUAUGACAACAGGAACAUAACGUAUCGCUUACCGCGUAACUCUGUCGAAGGAAUGCGAGCUGAUCCGAGGUCAGUCGAUACGUUUUGUUUUGGGUUUUUUUUUUGGCUGUUCUGGGAUCAGCUCGCCAACAACGCUGUAGUUAUGAUAGUGAGAAUAUCUGCUGUCACUCUCUGGGCUGCACUUUUAUUUUUAUUUAAACACGUUUUCAUCAUUUGUACUGUAUUUAGUCUUUUUUUUUUUUUUGUUUGUUUUUUUAAGAUUCAUUAAUACAUAUUCCACUUCUUUUAAUCAUGUUAUUUGCAGUAUACAUUCUAUGCAUUGCUAUCUUAUGUCUUUAUAACUCAUCCCUAAAAAAAAAAAAAUGUCAUUUGUGUAACACAACACUACAGUUUUGAUCCCCUGACCCCUGACCUCAACAAAUACAAACCCAGAUAUCUAUACGUGACUUGACGCAGUCACUAGAAACGUGCAAUAUUAUAGCAGAAACUGAAAAAUGCGUAUUUUUCACGUGUAUUAUAAUGUAACGAAACAGGAAAUCAAAGAAUUACAGCUGCAUGAUUGCCUAAAGUACAUGUAUUUAUUGAGCUUAAUAUUUAAACAUGUGUAACAGUAAAGUAAAAGUAAUUUUUUUAAGCAUUUGUUUUAUUUUGUAUUUACAUUAUUUUCUCCCCCAAACCAUUUUUAUUCCUAAUACAUGUUUGAUAAUUCAGUUGCAUUUUCUCACCCUGAAAUAAAUAAAUAAAUAA